UAGGAGAGCCCUCACCCCGGGUCUGGAUGUUCAGGGACUCAGAGAAAAGAAGCAUGGAUGAGAGACCUACACUUACAGAUCGGCGUUCAUUGUGGCCAGUGGUGCAGGUAAGGGGUAAGCAUUGUGUCCAGGGUCAGAAUGCCCUGAACUCUCAUUCAUGCAUCAAUUCACUCACUCACGUCCAGAUUUAACACAUAAUCUGGGUGUGGGGUGAGGUGUAGUAUUGUGUGUGUGUUUUACAAUCCACACCACCGGCUCCUGUCCCCAAGGAGCUUAUGGUGUAAAUUAAAAACAGGGGAGAAAAGUCAUGUAUACAGAGAACUCCAGUACAAGGCAAGAGGUGAAAAGUAUCCCCAGAGAGAUACAAAUAAAGUGCUAAGGGAAUUCAGAAGAGGAAGAUGAUGUCAAAUUAGGGGGAAGGAGCAGAGGAGGGGAGGUGUGGGAAGGCUUUGGGUGGAGGCAUCACUGUGCUAUCCUUAAAUUCUAGUGGGACUGGACACCAAGUGAGGGGUGAAGUGGCAUUCCGGGCAGCACAAAUGGGGAAUGGGAAAGAGCAUGGGUCUAGGGUUCAGAAGGAUCCAGGUUGAAAUCCACGACUAACUGGUGGCCUUGAGUGAGUCACUUCAACCUUUCUAUACUUUAGUUUAUGGGGGCGAGAGUGUAAUGGAUGGAGCAAUAGAACCUUCCUGGCCUGCCUUCCAGGGCUGCCAGGAAGUGCAAAUGGAGUACUUUAUGUGAAAGCAGUUGGAAAACUGUAAAGUGCUAGCAAAUACAGGGGUUGUUUUUAUUUUAAAAACAUUAACUGAUUCUGUAACAGAGCUCCUAGUUAAGAACACAAUAAUGACUGAAUCUGAAUGGGCUAAUGAACUGUUCAGCGCAGAGCUGUCUCUGACCCAACCAUCCAGGGUCUGAGGGAGGUGUCGUUGAUCUUUAAGAUACUUCUAUUCUUAGAAGGUUAAGGAUAGCCCUUAACCACCACUAGCUUUUCUAAAAAUCCCGCUAUUGUCUGUCAUUGUAUCUAAACUCCAUCCAUCCACCUAUCUAUCCAUCCAUCCAUCCAUCCAUCUAUCCAAUAAACCUAUAAUGAGUAUAUCCACAGCCAGAUAACCCUGAUCAGUGCUGGGGAUACAGAAAAAAUUAGACCCCUUCUCUGUGCUCAAGAAGUCUACAGCUUAGUGGGAAAGACAGCUAUAUAAACCAUAUAUCAUUCCUUUUCUUAAACCCAUUUUCAGUCAGUUCUAUGUUUUGGGGGUAACAAGUUCCACGGACCACAGAUUAUGGGAUUUUAAAGCUGAGGGAUCUUAGAAAUCAUCUCUUCUAUCACAUUCAUUUUACUGAUGGGGGAAAUUAUUAUUUGUGUGGAAAGCACUAUGACUUCCUCUUAUUUGCCUCAAAAUGACCUCGCCAAGGUUUCAAGUUCAGUUCAGUUCAGUUCAAUGAAUCUUUGUUAAGCAUCUGUUAUAUGCCAGGCUCUGUGUAAGAGCUGCAGGUCCGAUGAUGGAGAAGACAUAAUUCCAGCCCUCACAGAGGUCACAGUCUAGGAGGAAAAGAACACACAAAGAGAUGACAGCUAUAGUGCUUGAUACUGAAAACUACAGGAGAAGGGCCCCUGAUUUGGAUAUGGGGGAGCUUGGGAGAGGCUUCCCAGCAAGAAGUCCUGUGAGCCAUGUCUUGAAGGGCGAAAGCAAUGUGCUGGAUGAAGAUGUACUGGAAGGGCUUGCCAGGCAGAAGGAAAAGCGUGAGCAAAGGCAUGGAGGUAUGAAAUAGCAUGGCUUGUUGGAGGAACCAUAAGAAGCUGGUGGUAUUGGGGCUUAAAGAAGGAAGUGGUGAGGAAUGAAUGUGGAAAGGAGGGCAGGGGCAGAGCGACAGCACACCUGAUGUGGAGCUGGUAUGGCCAAAGGCCACCAUUACCUUAUUGGGUUUCAUGAGCAUGUCCUUGUUCACUUUCCUUGUCUUCUCUGGGCUAAGAAACUCCACCACAUCCCCUUGACCUUCAUCUUUACAGACUUAAGAGGCAUAAUUUAUUUGAAGGAAGAGCCUAUCCUUCAAGGUGUGGAUUUGGACAUGCAGGAAAAAGUCAACCCUGAUUUGCAGGUGUAAACACUCCCAUCAUCACUAAUUUCAAGCUAUCAGUGUGACAUCACUGGUUGUGGAGUUGGGAAGAGAUAUGCACCUUUGGCUUUUAGGAGCCAGUACCAGCCAGCUCCAGCACACCAGCUUCUGGGCAGCGUGUGUGGCCUGGUGAGAUAGCCCACUACUAUUGACUUUCAUGAUGUAGGGGCCCUUAUCACUCCCAUUUUAUAGAGUAGGAAGCUGAGGAUCAGAAGGUAGUUAUCCUGCCUGUGGUUACACAGCCAUUGCAUGGCAGAGAGGGGCUCCAGCCUGGGCAGUCUGACUCUAGAGCUCGAGCUCUAACCAUGAUAUCAUUCACUUCGCAUUCCCAUAGGGUGGCUGUAUUGAAGGGCGUGAGCUGCAUCGGUGGCAUUAGCUGUCAAGCUCCAGCCCAUUUCCAGAUGAAUCUCUAGCUUUGGCUCUGGUAUAGUUUAGUCCCCCACCCCCGCCAGGUGUUUCUUAUCCCCCUCCAUGAUAGCAGGACAUAUUCUAACAGUCCCUAUGGGAUCCAGCUGGUACAGCCGGGAUGGCCCAGAAAGGUCAACUGAGGCAGAAGACAGGUCAUAGCGGUGGAGUGAGCACAGAAAUGCCCAGACCUGGAGUCUGCCCCUAAAAAUUGAUUUUUCACAGCCCAGAUGCUGUAUCCAGCCCUGAGAAGCAAUACUAACAGCAUAUUUCUGCUACUAAUGACAUAGUAAUGAUAAUUUAUUAGGAAAUCAUUAAGCCUAAGUAUAUGAUCUGGAGCCUUGAACCAAACAGGUGGCUCUGUUUGGGGAUGGAUGGAGGGAAACCAAGAAGACAGAAGGGAAGGGGAGAGCAGUCAGGGCAUGCCGGAAGGGGUGAGGUGGAGGGUACCGGAGGGCCGGCAUGGUUGUGAGAAAACACAUGAGACCCCAGCUUGUGUCUGAGCCCCGGCGCUAUGACUUGUAGUGGCAGGGGGUGUGACCAUGUCAUUGAUAAUAAUAACAGUAAUCAAGAUUAUCAGGUGUAGUUGCAAUUAUUCAGGUUUCUGGGGUUGUGACUUACAAGUACUAUUUAGCUCUCAAUCAUUUGGACUGAGAGGGGAUUGGAGAGGUGAGAACUGGCAUACGGCGGAUACUCUGGGCUCUUUUGAUGGGAGCCCUGCUCCUUCCUGACCUGGCCACUUGCUGCUCACCAUUCAGAACUGCUUUAGAACCUCACUGUGUGUGGGCGUGUGUGUGUGUGUGUGUGUGUGUGUGUACGUGUUUGUGGGCCAGUGAGUGCACACCUAUGUAUAUAGGUGCACCUGCAUACGUGUAUCUGUGUGUGUGUGUGCAUGCAUGGCUCUCCUCCUCUUCCCCCUUCCUACCAGAGAAGCAGCUGGACAGAGGCCAAGGGGUGAUGGGGGAAGCAAGAGCCAGGCAGGAAGAUGCCGCCCUCCUAAAACCCCAGGUGUGCUUGGGGAAUCCCAUAAUGGCCCCUUCUUCACUGAUCCCUAAGUCAGCUGCCGUUAGAAGUGGAAAUGAAUUCAGCUGGGUCCCAUCUUUUUGGAACUCCCUUUGCACACAGUGGGAGCUUAAUAAAUACUUGAUGAUGGUUCUGAACCUGGGAAGCCAGCAGCUGUUCCCAGCUCUGACUCUCAGAGCUCCAUGGGGCAGAUCAGGUGGGGAGCGACCACGGGGGUUUUCAGUCUUCCUUCCAGACCUUCCCAUGACUCCAAGUCCAGCUGGAGCCAUAGUCCAUUUCACACAUCCUGCUUUGGGGAGGCCAGUUCUUCCUCCACAGCUUCUCUCUGGCUCUUUCCACCCCUCAUUUGAGCAAUAUUUAUGGAGCAACCACUGUGCACUGAGCAUCACAGUGGAAAGGCAUCCUGGGAGAUGGUAUAGGAGCUGUGGGGUCAGACCGAGCUGAGUUCGAAUUCUAGCAUCCUUAAUUACAAACGGGGUAAGAUCUGGCAAGCUACUUAUCUGUGCUUGAGUGAUUUUUUAAAAAACGGGUUUCAUCUGUAAAAGCAGAAGGAUGACAUCAUUUUCAUAGGAUUGAUGUGAGGAUUAGAAAUAACAGAUGCUCCUGCACACAUAUUGCAGGCAGUUCAGUAUUUACCUGGGGUCAGGAGGAUGUGGGUUCCCUCUGCUUCUGUGACCUUGAAGUUGUUAGUAAUCUCUGAGCAUCAAUUUGUGAAAUGGGAACACGAUGCCCACCUCCUUGCGUGUUUGGAGGAUGUAGCUGGAUAAUAUGUGUGAAACAACCUAUCGCAAACCCUGACCAUUAAUAACUGUCUUCCUGCUUCUUGCCCCCGCAUCAGGAUGCACAGCUCCCCUCCUUAGGAGGACCUCUGCUCCUCCUCGCCACCGCCCCGCGUGCGCUUACAUCUCGUAUCGCCGUGCGCUGACGGCUUUCUGCCAUACCUGUCAGAGGAAAGAGGGCAGCUGCUCAGCUCCCGGGUGGGGAGCGGAAACUACAUUUCCCAGCCUUCGCUGCGCUGCCACUGGGGCUGGGAGCGGAGCGCGGCAGGCCCCUCCUUCGGGGAGGAGCCUAUGCGGGGGGCGGAGUUAGGAGGUGGUUGGAGAGUUAAGACAAGCCAAUGAGACCGGCUGCUAAUAAGUGGGCUUGGCUUACCCUAUAACAGUGGCAGGAGGAGGAGAGCAAAGCUAUUGAGCCAGCGAGGAGUGAAGCUGAGCCUGGACUCACACGCUCCUAGAGGACCACCUCCUGAGACAGAGUUCUUUUUCCCCCUUCUUCUUCUUUCUCCAAGCUCCCCUCCUGCCCUCCCUCCCUGCCCAGUACAAUGCAUUCUUGAGUGGCAGCGUCUGGACUCCAGGCAGCCCCAGAGAACCGGAGCAAGCCAAAGAGAGAGGACUGGAGCCAAGACACUCUGGUGGGGGAGCUUGGAUGCCUGGCUUCCUUUGAGGACAUCUUUGGAACGAGGGUGGCUUUGGGGUGGGGAGUUGUGCUGCAGGGAAUCCAGCCAGGCCCCAAGAUGGACACUUCUGGGCACUUCCAUGACUCCGGGGUGGGGGACCUGGAUGAAGACCCCAAGUGCCCCUGUCCAUCCUCCGGGGAUGAGCAGCAGCAGCAGCCACCGCCGCCGCCACCAGCACCAGCACCACCAGCAGCCCCCCAGCAGCCCCCAGGACCCCCGUUGCAGCCUCAGCCUCCGCAGCUUCAGCAGCAGCAGCAGCAGCAGCAGCAGCCGCAUCCCCUGUCUCAGCUCGCCCAACUCCAGAGCCAGCCCAUCCACCCCGGCCUGCUACACUCCUCUCCCACUGCUUUCAGGGGCCCCCCUUCAUCCAACUCCACCGCCAUCCUCCACCCUUCCUCCAGGCAAGGCAGCCAGCUCAAUCUCAAUGACCACUUGCUUGGCCACUCUCCAACUUCCACAGCCACAAGUGGGCCUGGUGGAGGAGGCCGGCACCGGCAGGCCAGCCCCCUGGUGCACCGGCGGGACAGCAACCCCUUCACAGAGAUAGCCAUGAGCUCCUGCAAGUACAGCGGUGGGGUCAUGAAGCCCCUCAGCCGGCUCAGCGCCUCCCGGAGGAACCUCAUCGAGGCUGAGCCCGAGGGCCAGCCCCUCCAGCUCUUCAGCCCCAGCAACCCCCCGGAGAUCGUCAUCUCCUCCCGGGAGGACAACCAUGCCCACCAGACCCUGCUCCAUCACCCCAAUGCUGCCCACAACCACCAGCACGCCGGCGCCACCGCCAGCAGCACCACCUUCCCCAAAGCCAACAAGCGGAAAAACCAAAACAUUGGCUAUAAGCUGGGACACAGGAGGGCCCUGUUUGAAAAGAGGAAGCGACUGAGUGACUAUGCUCUGAUUUUUGGGAUGUUUGGAAUUGUUGUUAUGGUGAUAGAGACCGAGCUCUCUUGGGGUUUGUACUCAAAGGAUUCCAUGUUUUCACUGGCCCUGAAAUGCCUUAUCAGUCUGUCCACCAUCAUCCUUUUGGGUUUGAUCAUCGCCUAUCACACACGUGAAGUCCAGCUCUUCGUGAUCGACAAUGGUGCGGACGACUGGCGGAUAGCCAUGACCUACGAGCGCAUCCUCUACAUCAGCUUGGAGAUGCUGGUGUGCGCCAUCCACCCCAUUCCUGGCGAGUACAAGUUCUUCUGGACGGCGCGCCUGGCCUUCUCCUACACACCCUCGCGGGCGGAGGCCGACGUGGACAUCAUCCUGUCCAUCCCGAUGUUCCUGCGCCUGUACCUGAUCGCCCGCGUCAUGCUACUGCACAGCAAGCUCUUCACGGACGCCUCGUCCCGCAGCAUCGGGGCCCUCAACAAGAUCAACUUCAACACGCGCUUCGUCAUGAAGACCCUCAUGACCAUCUGCCCCGGCACCGUGCUCCUCGUGUUCAGCAUCUCACUGUGGAUCAUCGCCGCCUGGACCGUCCGCGUCUGCGAAAGGUACCAUGACCAGCAGGACGUAACUAGUAACUUUCUGGGUGCCAUGUGGCUCAUCUCUAUCACAUUCCUUUCCAUUGGUUAUGGGGAUAUGGUGCCCCACACAUACUGUGGGAAAGGUGUCUGUCUUCUCACGGGCAUCAUGGGUGCGGGCUGUACUGCCCUGGUGGUGGCCGUGGUGGCCCGAAAGCUGGAACUCACCAAAGCAGAGAAGCACGUUCACAACUUCAUGAUGGACACUCAGCUCACCAAACGGAUCAAGAAUGCUGCGGCCAAUGUCCUUCGGGAAACGUGGCUAAUCUAUAAACACACAAAGCUGCUAAAGAAGAUUGACCACGCCAAAGUCAGGAAACACCAGAGGAAAUUCCUCCAAGCAAUCCACCAACUGAGGAGCGUCAAGAUGGAGCAGAGGAAGCUGAGUGACCAAGCCAACACCCUGGUGGACCUUUCCAAGAUGCAGAACGUCAUGUAUGACUUAAUCACAGAACUCAAUGAUCGGAGCGAAGAUCUGGAGAAACAAAUCGGCAGUCUGGAGUCGAAGCUGGAGCACCUCACCGCCAGCGUCAAUUCCCUGCCCCUGCUCAUCGCGGACACCCUGCGCCAGCAGCAGCGGCAGUUCCUGUCUGCCCUCACGGAGGCCCGGGGCGUCAGUGUGGCAGUGGGCACCACCCACACCCCACUCUCCGACAGCCCAAUCGGGGUGCCUCUACUCGGGAGCAGCAAGAGGAGAUGACAGGAAGCGACGCCUCUGGUAGGGCCCUUGCGGCACAGUUGGUGGAGAACAGACACCCACGUUCAAUCUCAGGUCUUCACGUGGUGGGGGGUGGGAGCUCAGAUGCACUGAAGUAGCCGGCAGUGAAGCCAGCCCGGAGGAGGGUCCCGCAGGGGGAGGGCGUGGUGUCAGGCUUGGGGGAUGGGUUCCUCACCCCGGGGUCCUCCAGCCCACCUGUCUGCGUUCCUUCUGUCUAAGGAAGCCCCUGGAUGACAAAGUAAGGGAGAGCUGCCCACAGCUUUUGCCAAGACAGACAUGCUUUCCUGCCAUCCCUCGCACAGUCAUAAAACAAAAUUUAGACUGAAAGAAAAAUAGACAAAUAAAAAGCCAGACUUUCCAUCCAAUAUUAAUACCCAUAUAAACCCGUGUGUUUGCAAGCGUGUGCAUGUACACACACACAUACACAUCCCACAGUCAACCCAGGUCUUUUCUGGUUUGCACCUGGCCCAAAUAAAGAGGGACCUGGUACCUUACCCUGCAC